AUGGAUGAAGACAUCCUCAGCUGGACCCCCCCACCUCUCGAAGCCAUGAACAAGCUGCUGACCCCCUACUACGGCCUCUUCAAGUACGAUGUGAUGGGCCUAGAACACGUCCCUGCAUAUCCAUGCUUCUACGUGAUGAACCACUCCCUCUACGGUUUCGAGAUGCCGGCAUUUAUUCACCUUCUUUACCUUGAGAAAGGCGUAUUCGUUCGUGGUCUUGCUGAUCAUUUUCACUGGAUAGGUCCUCACGGCCCACUUCUGCGUCAGUUUGGUGCCGUCGACGGUUCACGCCCCAACGUGGACCUGCUCAUGCGCAACAAGCAGAACAUCCUCGUGUAUCCUGGCGGUGGGCAAGAGAUCCUCAAACCGAAGACCGCGAUGAAGUAUGAGCUCAUGUGGAAGGAGCGGCUGGGAUUCGCGCGGAUGGCAAUCAAGAAUCGUUAUCCAAUCAUGCCUUGUGCGUGCGUAGGCAACGAGGAUAUGCUUGAUAUCAUCUUUGACUUGCCUCUGAGCUUCCUAAAAGGCAGCGUGCCCGUUUCUUCCCUGCCGGUGGCCGCUCCCAACUCUCUCCAGAAGAUUUACUUCUGGUUUGGCGAGCCCAUUUCCACGGAAGAGUACGGGGGAGAUGCUGAUAACACAGAGUUUGCCAAAGAAGUUCGGGACAAAACAAAAGCCGCUAUCGAGAAAGGUGGGGAGGGUUUACUUCGUUUACUUAGGUCAGGGAAAAAGGUCAUCGAGGAGCUUAAGAGUUUUCUAGCAUGA